AUGCCUUUAUUACUAAACUUAACUGCAAAUAGUUCCAUUAUUUUUACAUCGGCGGUGUUGGUGUUAGGAAGUGCUGCAGGAAGCAGAAAUUGUAUCUGAAUUAAGUAGUGUGAAUUACAGCCGGUAAGAAAUGGCGCCAGCCUACAAGGUUACUUAUUUUGACAUCACUGCCCUUGGAGAACCUAUCAGGUUUCUUCUGAGUUAUGGAGGGAUUGAAUUCGAAGAUAAUCGUAUUAACAAAGAAAACUGGCCUGCCUUAAAACCAUCUGUGCCACUUGGGCAAAUGCCUACUUUGGAGCACAAUGGUAAAGUAGCUCAUCAAAGUGUGGCCAUUUCCAGAUACUUGGCAAAACAAGUGAAGUUGGUUGGAAAAGAUGAUUGGGAAGAUUUAGAAAUCGAUGCUAUCGUUGACACGUUCACCGACUUGCGUACAAAGAUUGGUCUUUACCACUACGAGCAAAAUGAAAAGGUGAAGGAAGAGAAGGCAGGUCCUUUAUUUAAUGAAAUUAUUCCAUUCUAUAUGGAGAAAUUAGAUGCUGUAGCCAAGAAAAAUAACGGUUACCUUGCUGUUGGUCGGCUGACCUGGGCCGACCUCUUCUUCGUUUCCAUGUUGGAUUACAUUAAUUUCAUGGCGAAGAAGGACAUAAUUGCUGAUUCUCCCAAUUUGCAAAUCGUCAAAGAAAAUGUUUUGAAGAUACCCAAUAUCAAGGCUUGGAUAGAAAAGCGACCCAAAGAUAAUUUAUAAACAAUUUCCUAUAUUUCUAUUUUUUUAAUUACAUUGUAUUCUGAAUUCCUAUGAUUUAUUAAACA